CCUUUAUAUGACAAAUGUGAAAUCAGUUGACGACAAGAAGUCGAGUGAAGACGACAUUGUGGUUGUCAUCGAAGGCGGGAAAGCGGGUGAAGAGGUGAUCGCCACCAAAGAGGGUUAUCUCUCAACUAAAGGCGCCGUCGGAUUCAAAUUGGGAUCAAUUACUUCUAUAACAAAAAGCCAAUAAUUAUUUCAAAUAAUUGUUGAAUUUGUUAAUUGCUUUUGUAAUUAUAAUGACC